UCGUGAAGAGAAACGAGGAGAAGUGGUGGCGGCCCAUUCCCUGCCUCCCUUCAUACGGCCUCUCCGCCGCCUCCCGCAAGGAUCUCAAGCAGAAGCGAGACUGCGCCAACCAGAUCCACAAGGCCGCCAUCGCCAUCAAUAAUGGCGUCCUCGCCGAGAUGGACGUCCCUGAUUCCUUCAUCGCUUCCCUGCCCAAGAGCGGUCGAGUAGGGAUAGGAGACGCCGCCUACCGCCACCUAACCGCCGCCGACCAACUCUCCUCCGAUUACAUUCUCGACUGCCUCAACAUAUCGAACGAGCACGAGGCGCUCGAGAUGGCCGACCGCAUCGAAGCCUCCAUGCAUGUGUGGCGGCGCAAGGCGAACUCCGCCACCUCCGGAGGCGGCGCCGCAGCCGGAAAUAGGUCCUCAUGGGAAAUGAUGAAGGAUUUCAUGGUGGAUUUGGACAAGAAUGCAAUGUUGGCGAGCAGAGCUCGCAGCCUCCUGUUGAGCUUGAAACAGAGGUAUCCCAGCUUGUCUCAGACGACGCUGGAUUCUAUGAAGAUUCAGUAUAAUAAGGAUUUGGGCCAAGCGAUUUUGGAGAGUUAUUCGAGAGUACUAGAGAGCUUCGCAUUCAACCUCGUCUCUUACAUCGACGACGUGCUCUACAUUGAUGAAUCCGUUAAGAAACGGUAAAACUGCCGUUAGCAGGUUAACAACAAAGUUUUUUUUUUCUUUUUUUGGAAAAGAUAUCGAGACCAAUUAGCAUUAUAAUUUAACUGUGCCGAGCUCUCUCUUUUUAGAGAAAGUAUUGCAUCCACACUUCAGACGGCGGCAUGAU